AUGGCAGAUGAUAUGAAUGAUACUCCUAUCAAGUUUCCAUUGAAAGCUACGGUGAAUAAAAAGAAGGGAAAGGUUCUAUUUGUAGAAGUAGACGGCACCUUUGCAGAUGUUUUGAUAAGCUUCCUAACAUUGCCAUUGGGAUCUGUCGGCGAAUUCUACAGGUCCAACCUCUUCCCAUCUGGAAGCUUGAAAUCUUUGUACCUCGGUUUAGAACGGCUUGAUAGUGCUCAUUUCUUGAAGGAAUCUGACAAGUCAACUCUGCUCCUCCAUCCACGCACUUCAUCCAAUGCUGAGCCUUAUAUUUACUUUUCUUCACUAUUGAAAAGAAAAGCAGAUUUCAUGAAGUCGGUGUCUUCAUUUCUGAUCACUGAUGAUCUCCAUUUAGUGCCUAAUGCUGGCCUUUUGCAAGUUGCCAGUGUCGUUGGCGUUACCGACAUGGAUGGAGCUGAGACGAUGGAUGUUUCCUUUGGAUCAAAUGAGGUCUCCAAGUUGCUCGUGCAUUCGUUGACUUCCAUGAACCCGUUGUCUGUUGUAAUACUUGGUGCACAUCCAGAAUCUAACAAAGAAACUCAAUUCACACCAAAUGCAUCCAAUUCCAUCUCCAAAGGGAUGAAUUUGAAAUUGAUAGUGCAAAAGUACAGCAACAAGCUACUGUAUGCAGAAGCUGAGGAAGAUUUCGUUGAGUUUCUGUUUAGUUUGUUCAUGAUCCCACUAGGUGGAGUUGAGUCUCUCUUGUCGAGUAACUCUAAUGUUAAGGCCAUCGAUAACUUGUACAAGAGUGUGGAAGAACUUAUCCCGGAUAAGUAUUUCAAUAGUCUUGAUGCCAAAAAUAGGGUGUUGAAGCCCAUGAUACCAUCAAAUGAUCAUAUUUUCCCUCUGAUAACUCGAGAUAAGUUACUUGAUUCAACUAGUUCUGCUGAAGGGCAAGGGAGUUAUGUUAAAGGGCCAAGAACUUUUGAGGUGAGUGAUGAUUUAAGAGUGACACCUUUUUGUAUUGUUUCUACCCUUACAAGCCUUAGAAAGGAUAAAGUCCCUUUGUGUGAUGUCAAAGAAGUGGAGGUGCAAAUAGGAUUAAAAGAGGGAUUAUGCAUACUCAAAGCCUCUCUGACAUCAAAAUGUGCCCUCACUGACGCCGUGCUCUCUCCAAUAUUGAACAAAAAACGAAAGAGAUGA